GUAAACUUUUUGAUUGGCGGUCUUCGUCGUUUGACUCCUUUGCUUCUUUCAUUUCAUUCAUUUUUCGCUCUUUCAAAUACAGAAAAUGGCUACCGAGGAGUUGGUGACAGAGCAAUUUCAGUUUUUGGGAAUAGAUGUUCAACAAGAAGUUGUAAGCAAAUGUGUAAGUUUAUGUGAGGAAUACGAUGUAGAUGCCGAAACUUUAAUUGAGACAUGGAUGGCAUUCAGUUUAAAUCAUAUGAACGGUGCGUCGCCUACUAUUGAAAAUUUGGAGUCUUUAGCGAGAAAGGAAUUUUCCAAACGGACAGCGAUACGAAGCAACGCGCCCGCUAAAGAAGCUUCGUAUUCAAGCACCGCCACUGGCUUGACAGUUUACGGGGCACCUGUUUCUUCACAGCCAGAUAAUGAAGUGCUGUCAAAUUACAUGUCGCCUACUCUGAAGAGAGUUAAAGUAGAAAAGGAACCUGCACAAACUAAUCAUGUAGAGCUGCGUCCUGUUUCAUAUUCUCCAAAUAUAGAUCACUCAGCAAAGUAUGCCUCAAGAACGAACCCUGGGUCGGUGGUGCAUUCAUUUGGUGACGAACAGUUACUACAACUUAUAUCUCAACCGACAGUACACAGUGAUAUCCUGCAUGUGUCAGUCGUACAAAUGCCCAAUGAUGAUGGUGUUUUAUAUACUAAAUCUAUGUUUGGUUUUGAGCUGUUACACGAGAAAGCGACUACAUUUGACAACCACAUAAGUUACCUAUCACGAUGUAUAAUGAAAAAGGCUGGCAUCCAAGAGGUUUCUUCAGUUAAACAUAAAACACAAACGGAAGUGGCAGUAGCUGGUCGGAUAGAAUGUGACGCAGACGCAAGAUUGAAUCCUAAAUGCGUGAUGCUUCAAGGAACUUGGGACGAAUCUCUGAGCCAGGCUGUCUCUGUUGAUCUGGAUAAUUUAAAACAUUAUUCUCUCUUCCCUGGUCAAGUGGUGGUGAUGAAGGGCAUCAAUCCACGCGGCGACAAAUUCAUAACACAAGAGGUGUUCUGUGACGCUGCGUUAUCUAUUCCCGACCAUAGAGUAGAUAUGAUGAACUGCUUAGAAGGUACUUUAUCGAUGUUAAUAGUAGCCGGUCCAUACACAACAUCGGACAAUUUGAACUACGAACCUUUGAAGGAUUUAGUCACACACAUCACUACACACAAACCGCAUGUCGUCAUCAUGACGGGACCUUUUAUGGACUGCGAACAUUCCAAGGUCAAAGAUUUCACAAUGGCGGAGACCUUCAAGUCGUUCUUCGACAAAUUAGUCGACAGCUUAGGAGAGUUGAAUAAUAGCUGUCCGUUUACAAAAAUCUACAUAGUAUCGAGCUUGAAGGACGCAUUCCACGUCAACAUCUACCCGACUCCGGCGUACUCGAGUCGGCGUAAACACGCGAAUGUCUCUUUCCUUCCGGACCCCUGCACUCUCAAUGUCAGCGGGAUCGUUGUCGGGGUCACAAGUACUGACGUCCUCAUGCACAUAAGCCAGGAGGAGAUCUCUUUGGGAAUGGGCGGCGACCGGAUGUCUCGAGUGGCGUCGCACUUACUCCAGCAACAAUCCUACUACCCGCUGUGUGUCUGGGGCGGCAGUAACGCGGCGCCCGUAGACGCGGCGCUGUGGGCGGCGCACGCGCAACUACCCACGACACCGCACCUGCUCGUACUGCCCUCGAACCUGAGAUACUUCGUCAAGGAGGUGAACGGAUGCGUCGUUGUGAAUCCGGAGCAUCUCACCAAGGGCACGGGGGGCGGCACCUUCGCUCGAGUGCUGGUGUCCGCGCAAAAGGAAACUAAGAAGAUAUGUGCACAAAUCUUACGCAUUUGAGAUAAUAAAGACAUUGUCAAAGUAUUGCGAUUGUGUUUUUUUUAAAGAUUAUAUUUACUACAAUCCAUUUAGAUAUAAAUUAAGUAUAUCAGUAACAGACUUUCAAAUAAAACACGAAAGAUCUCUAUGUUAGCGUAAAACGUAGGGGAGCUCAAGCGGGACUUUUUGGGCAUUCUCAAGCGAGUCAAAAUAACAUAAGGGGGAAACCUUGCACCUUGUGAAGUACUCCCACCGUACUUUAGCCUCCUAUGUAGGGCCGAACGUCUAUGGCAGCAAUAAAAAAAAAUCAACAAACGGCCAUGGCUUUUAGUCGCUUCCAAAUUGUCAGACUUUUGAAUAGAAGCUACAUGAGGGUUCAUGUAACGUUUCGGAGGACGGGAAAAAUAUUGAUCUGCCGGUCUGCAUGGUCUGUAUUUGGAUCGCCGUAGCAAAAGGGUAGAAUGUAAGAAAUACAUUAUUGAGCGCUUCAGACAUUGAGAAAGGAUAUUCUCCAGUAGCUCCAGUAUUCAAAAGAAUUGUUGUUGAAAUUUUUUUGCUCCCCUAGCAUUCGGCCCUACAUUGAGGGCUCUGGUAUGGUGGGAGUACUACACAAGGUAUAAGGUUGCCUGCCCCCUUAUGUAAAUCAGCGUAGCUUAAGUAAAUCCAAAAAUCUCCGCUUGGUCUUCCCUACCGUAGGCUUUUGAUAUAUUAUAUUAUAAAGGUACUAGCGGCCGCCCGCGAUUUCGUCCGCGUCAAUUUAGUUUUUUGAGAUUCCUUCAGGAACCUAACAUUUUCCGUGACUGGGUUUCAAUGCUCAUCAAAAGCUUUUUCGGUUACGUACCUCGACUCUCAUGAAUUACUACGUAAGCAGCACAGAGCAACACUACCUCCUCAGGCGACAUCCUAGCAACAACUGACAAGUGUGGAAGACCUGACGGACAAGUUUCAGAAACAGUAAACUUGAUUAUAAACAAGAUGAUCAACUUCAUAAACAGUAGUUAUACUAAAUGUUGCAUAGGAAUAUCCGGCUUUACUUAUCAAAGGUUUCAUUUAAAUUUCGAGAUAGGUUGAAAAAAUGAAAAGCUGUUUAUUGAAAAAAAUCCAAAGAUCACUUACGCGGGAAAAAUUAUUGAGGUUCUUACUUUGAUUUUCCGCGCUUUAUUUGGGAAAAGUACUAUACAAGCCUUAGGCCGUAUACAGAAAGAAAGCCGAAAGCCGAUCCUUACUACAUAAAGGAAGCCGAUUAAAGCAGAUCAAGCAAAAUGUCGGACUCAUCGGACGAUGAUUUGGUUUUGUUGGAAAAUGUAUAUUUAAAAAUGCGAAAAAAAGCUAUACAUCCUAUAAAUAGAGAAAGGAAACGUUCCGGAGAAUACCAUCAUUUAUUUGUAAAAAAAUAUGAAAUUUGAUGAUCAAAGAUUUUAUACAUAUACAAGAAUGACUCAAGAAACAUUUUAUUACAUUUUGAAUUUAGUGAAAAAC